AUGUUCCUAAAACUAAAUCCUAUUUUCAAGUUCAAGCAUGUCUGCAGUGAUGGAUGUUUGGAUGAGCGAGUUGGCAAAGCUGAAAGACAAGGUAGGGGCCAAGAAGCGGUUGGUGUUUUCAUCAAGGCCAAACAAAGAGAAGGUGAUGAUGAGGUUGAAGAACAACAAGUGUUGAAAGAAGCAAGAAAAGAGAGCAGCAGAAUGGCUCAGAUUCAGAGGGACUUUGAUUCCUCUGCGCUUUCAGAGGCCACAGUUCGUUUGGUUAUGGACCGUUUUGUGCCUUGGUAA